UGCCCUUAUGUCAUAAAAAUGUAUGACUGGUACGAGGAACGCACCUGGGUCAUGCUUGUCCUCGAGUACCAAAGGGACUGGAAGGACUUGUAUUCCUAUAUCGAUAAAAAGGGAAUAAAGGAAGACAAAGCUCACCACCUUAUGCUUCAAUUAGUAAGAGCAGAUCAACACUGCUUGAAGCAUGAGGUGCUUCACAAUGAUAUCCAUUCUGGAAACAUCAUGGUGGAUGAAAGUGGUUUGCACCUGAAGUUAACAAACUUUAGGAUGGGUCGUCUAGUCAAAAGCACUGGCUACACAUCCAAACCACGUGAAGGAGCUAAAUGUUGCAUUCCACCUGAGGCCUUAACGAGGUUGCAAUACUUGGCCAUGCCAGCAACCGUCUGGGCCUUAGGUGUGGUGCUCUAUGAGAUGGUGCACGGAUUUCCACCCUUGCAACGAUUAGGCGUAGUAAGGAUUACGGGACGCAAUUUAACCAUGAAAUCUUUUAAUGCUGAAUACGAGUAUAAAACGAGUAAAGAUUAUUUUCUUGGGAAAGGUGCCUAUGGCAGGGUCUAUAGAGGAACCCGUAAAGCUGAUGGCAAAUUGGUCGCCAUCAAGCGUGUGAGGCUACGUGAGGAAGAAAGAUGUAUUUGUUAUGCAAGUCAUCAAAACUAAGGCUUUCCAGGCUUUCAGCAUGGAUAUUCCAGACCACUUGUUACAGAGGUGGCCUUAAUGUUGAAGUUAAAAGAAGCUCCUGAAUGCCCCUAUGUUAUAAGAAUGAUUGACUGGUAUGAGGAACGCAACUACCUCAUGUUUGUUCUGGAGUACCUAGACGAAUGGAUGCCCUUGCGUAAUUAUAUCUCUACACCUGGAAAACUGCCGGAAGUAAAAGCACGCAGGCUUAAGCUUCAGUUAGUGAAAGCAGUUGAACAUUGCAUAAAGCACGGGGUGUUUCACAAUGACAUCCAUUUUGGAAACAUCUUGGUGGACAGUGAAGGUGUACAACUGAAGUUAAUUGACUUUGGGAUUGGCCGUCUAAUCAAUGACGCUGCAUACAAAUCCCAAGGACAUAAAGGAGCACCUGAGAAAUAUUCUGAGUUCAUACACAGGGUAAAGCCAAAAAAGGUCUUGGACUUAGGUUCUGUGGUAUAUAGGAUGCUGCACGGAAAAAAGCCCCUUCUUUGGACCCCAAUUAUGGACCCCACUUUAACCAAGAUGGUUCUGGAUCUGGCCAGUCCUGCAACAAAAGCCAGCAUCAGUCUGGACCACACCAAACCAAAAGGGCUAAAGCGCCCCUUUGACUGCAUCCGGAGGGGCAAAGUGGAGACAGUGCCGGAUCCACAGCCUCCAGU